CCCUCUCGCGUCACAAUAUCCUUCGGUUUUACUCUUCCUCUCGACUUCUCGAAGAUUUCCACACAUAGAGUUAAAUUCAACGCUAAUUUAUUCUUUUAAAAACAUUCUUUAUUUAUACAAAAAAUCACUGUGUUAAAAAAAAACUAAUUAUUACAUUCGUGUUUUUUUGUAAGAUACUUAGAAAACUUAAAAAAAAGUUUUGUGUCUUUCCGUCUUUUCUAUUAUUUGUUGAGUUCUUCUUUCUCUUGACUGAACAUACGAGUGCGAAAAUAUCAGAUAGCGCAACGGAGUUCAACAUCGAUGUAUCGAUAUUAAAGACUCCCGGGGGCGAGGUUUUGAGACAAUAGUUUCUGAGUGAGGUUACAUGGACUCAUUGAAAUGUCGUGGCUCCUCAAACAACGAACUUACGAUUAGCUCAGGGAAGCAACAUCCGUGAGCAACGACAUCACAAUGCGCAUGUUGCUGCCACUGAGGUUGGUUUUCGUCGCAGCAGGUUUGCUGCUGGCAACUACCAAAGCAAAUGUUCAUUUGCAUCUACAUUCUGACACUGCCAAACAUUUUGCCAUUGGUGAACGUGAACAAGCAAUUGCUGGAAUGGAAGCUAGCCUUUUAUCUCUUCUUGGUUUUGCUAAGAGGCCAAAACCACAAGGUCCUGCUUAUGUUCCAGAGUCAUUAAAAAAACUUUUUAUCAAACAAAAUACAAUUGGUACAGCUGAUAUUGCAAAACCAGGAAUACAUACCAGAUCUGCUAAUACAGUGCGUUCCUUUUCUCAUGUUGAGAGUAAGGUGGAUCAUAAAUUUCAAUCUCCAAAUCGCUUUCGUCUUUCUUUUGACUUAAGUAGUAUUCCUUCAGGAGAAAAAUUACAAGCUGCAGAAUUGAGUCUUUCUCGCGUACCUAUUUUAAAUCAAGAUGAUUCCAAUCCAAAAUUGGGUAGAAUACUUAUAUAUGAUAUUUUACGUCCUGGUGCAAAAGGAUAUAGUUCUCCAUUAUUACGUUUAAUUGACAGUAAAUUAAUAAAUACUAGAAAAAAUGGCACAAUUAGCCUAGAUGUUCAUCCUGCUGUAGAAAGAUGGAUAAAGGAUCCUAAAAAUAAUCAUGGACUUUUGGUGCAUGUACGUGGAAUUAAACAAGAGCAUGUACGUUUGAAAAGAAACAUAAAUGAAAGAAAUGAUACAUGGGUUGUUAAUCGCCCAAUGUUAUUUACUUAUACAGAUGAUGGCAGAUAUAAAAUGUCUUCUGCAAGUCAAAUAAUGGAUCGCCGUGCUAGAAGAGCAGCACUUCGAAAAAAUCGUCGAAAAGAUGGACGUGAGAAUUGUAGGCGACAUCCGCUUUAUGUUGACUUUGCUGAUGUUGGUUGGAAUGAUUGGAUUGUUGCUCCCCCUGGUUAUGAUGCCUUUUAUUGUCAUGGUGAUUGUCCCUUUCCAUUAGCAGAUCAUUUAAAUUCUACCAAUCAUGCAAUUGUUCAAAACUUGGUUUAUUCAACAAAACCAAGCAUGGUGCCUAAAGCUUGCUGUGUACCUACUGCUCUUAGUUCGAUAUCCAUGCUUUAUCUCGAUGAAGAAAAUAAAGUAGUAUUGAAAAAUUAUCAGGACAUGUCUGUCCUUGGAUGUGGAUGUCGUUAACUAUUCAUUAAUUGGUUCAACAAAUUAUCCUAAUAGUGAAGAAUGCAUGUGCAAUAAAAAUGAAAAUAGAUAAAAAGAUAUUAAAAAAUAAGAAACAAAGAA